UUCAGUAUCAUAUACAAUAUUCUGCUACCAAGUAAGAAUACUUCAUAGAAACAUAAGAGAACUUUUUCACGGAACAUCAAAUUUUCUCAAAACGAUCAAGCUACGAAGCUAAAUAAAAAAUAUUAAAAGGAAACAUUAGAUAUUUGAUUCGUGUAGUAUUUAUACAAAAAGCAGGAAGUCAAGUUAGAAACUGAUGUUUCGAAGACAUACCUUGAGCGGCAAAUACCGAUUCACCAUGGAACUCAAAUCUGGAUCAUCAUUGUCUCCUGUGUAGAGUAAUUCUCCAUUUCCAUUAUCUUCUGCACAUAAUCUACAAAUCGUUGAAUCAUAAAGUCUUACUUCUGCCAUGACUCCAGAUGAAGUGGUCACUAACGACUAACAUCGAUUUUAUCCUAACCAAACUGACGAGCGAAUGCGUAUAGCUUUACCAUAGUAGUUAUUUGAAUUAUUUAUUACGAGAUCUUUACUUUAAUAUUUUACACGUAAAUACUCAAAUACGGAAUAAAUUAACUUCUUCGUGCGUAACAUCGUUUAUAUAUCGUAGCAUUUAUACAUUUUUGUUUAAGACAGCUUAUAGAAGCGAUAAUCGAUUUAUCGUCGAUAUCUCGACGAACUCGUAGUGACUACAAUUGAUAAUAUUAAUAAUGGAGAGAGAAGAAAAUGGAAAUGUGGAAAAUGAAUUUUAUACUGCGGCUGCCAAAUAUUGGGAACAUAUUCCGCCAACCAUAGAUGGAAUGCUUGGUGGUUUUGGAUUUAUUUCUCAAACAGAUAUUAAAGGUUCCACAACAUUUUUAAAGGCUUUAUUUGAGUCAAAGUAUGCACCAUCGAAAACAUACGCAAUAGACUGCGGUGCAGGCAUAGGAAGGAUAACUAAGAAUCUAUUAUUAAAUCAUUUUAAAUGUGUCGAUUUAGUGGAACAAAAUUCAAAAUUUCUAGAAGCCGCUAAAACAUGUUUAAAAAACUAUUCUGCAAGAAUUGGCAACUACUACCCCAUUGGACUCCAAAACUUUUGUUUUACUGCCAAAAAGUAUGAUGUCAUUUGGUGUCAAUGGGUUUUGGGUCAUUUAAAAGAGGAUCAUUUAGUAGAAUUCUUUAAAAAUUGUUCAAUAGGUUUAAGGCCCAAUGGUGUGAUAAUAGUUAAGGAGAAUGUCACAAGUUCCAAACAUUUGGAAGUCGAUGAAAAGGAUUCUUCCGUAACACGUCCUUUAUCUCAAUUAUACCAUAUAUUCCAGAAAGCUAAUUUAAUUUGUGUCAAAGAGGAACAACAACAUAAAUUUCCACGUGGAUUAUAUCCAGUUUAUAUGUUUGCUUUAAAACCAGUUAACACUCUUUGAACUUGUCAUAAAUGAAACCGAGUUAAUAAACUGUUUCAUUGUUUGUAUA